CCACGCCCUCUUCUGGUGAGAAUUGGUUGAUGCAAUCAGUUGUUGAGCUGAUCUGGUCUCACAGUGAUAAAGUAGUAUAUAAAAAUCCUGUACAACUGGUCUUAUGGGUCGCUUUUAUUGUCACUGCCUUAACGUUACCCUCAGCUACAGAGGAGGAGACGGGAGAGGGCUAGACCGCUCCUCGGCCAUAAGGAUAGAAGAACUACUAGGAAGUACAGACCUUCCUGAUCAACUAUUGAAUAAGACACUGGUGACAGUCUCACUGGACGUAGCUGGAAUAAUAUCAGAGCAACCUCUACUAUUAAGAAGCUAUUCUGUUGGUGUCUGGGAUAUUGUUCAUUGCCUAAACUGCUCCACUGACGUGUUUAUCAAGCAUAAGGAGAACAAGGAGAGACUACUAGUCUUCAGCAGCUUAUUGACUGAUCCCUCUACACUCAAAUUCCACCCCAAUUACUCCCCAGUCUUUAGCAUAAUCCUAAAAGACAAGAUGGAGGACAAUCCACAGCUAAAGGAAAGAAUGUCAUCGAUGACAUUUGGGCAGGAUGAUUUAGUAAUGAAGGAACUGCAGGCACAGACUGAGUCCUAUCUCACUGAAGAGGAGCAGAAAAUGGAACAAGCUAUAAGAGAAUUUGAAGCAAAGAAGAGAGAAGAAUUCAGGAAGUUAAAAGAGAAAGCACAUGAGGAUAGAAGGAGAUUAUUCUUGUCCUUACAAUUAGCUAAAGAAGCUGAGCUUGUUACUAGUCUAACUGAUGCUACAGAUGAUGAUGCUGUUACUCCAUUAGUUGAUGCUAGGAGAGAAGAUAGAGCUACUCAACAAGGCCCAAGUGAUAUUAAAGGUGCAAGUACUAAUGUGCCCACUCUUAAACCUGGCCCUAUUAAGUCUCCUCUUCAAGUCCCUGAAGUCUCAAAUAAUGAUGAUAUAUUUGAUUUUGAUGAGGAUAUGAUUGAGUCUGGUGUCCCUCAAGGAGAAACUGCUGCUUCUCCUUUCCCUCUCUCCUCAGAUGAUGAUGAGUAUGAUAGCUCCAGUAAUGGUAGUUCCCUUGAAGAAAGGUACAGGGUUAGGACAUCAUUGCCAGCAUCACUACCACUCACUAUGCCUUAUCUAGCCAACAGGGAGAAUUACAUGGAAUCAAAUGAGGUAAAGCAAAGUCCUUCAAAUUUAGCUCUCUCCAUUCAGAAGUUAGCUCUUAGUGUUCAUGAUACUGGAAUGUUUGGAGAUUUGCCUAAGCCACGUGUCAAAAGCAGUCAUAGACAUUAAUGGUUAUGAUUUUUAUUAUUAUCAAUUAAUUUAAUUUAAUAUGCACACCCUCACUAUGUACAGUAUGAUAUACUUAUUAUAUAUAUACUAUUGUUGCAAUUAUUAAUCGUUAUUAUUAUUAUUAUCAUUAUCAUUAUUAUCGCUAUUGUUAUGUUAUUAUGCACAUUAUAAUGAUAUCAGUAUCACUCGUAUCAAAUUUGUUAAUUGUGGUUGCUCUGCAUUGGCUACUGUGUGGCCAAUUUAUUGAAAAAUCAUUUCCAGAAUUUUAUUUUUAAA